AUCAAAGAAAAAAGGCUACAGAAAUUAAAAAUGGAUAUGGUGGCGGACUUGGGGGCGAAUAGACUGUAUCGGGCGCCGGGUGAAUCAAGUCACCAGUGAGUAUCGAUGGAUUUUGUCAGGGUUAUCACGACGUGGGGCGUAAGCGGGUCCUGCCGACACCUCACGCCUGGGGAAGAGUCGUUGGGUUUGGGCAGCAGGCAAAUCCUCCCCGCUGCUCGCUGCGCUCCGGACCUCCGGCGAGAAGUGGGGGCGGUCUUGAGGAUGAAAACGGGCGUAUUAGCGCGUCUUCUCACCGGUGUGAUACACUGUGUGAACAUAUUUAUCCAGCAGCUCGCAGCAUGCUCAGUUGCUUGAGGUUUGUUUCUAUAUUUCUAUUGUGUGCUGGCUGGAGCCAGAAGUGGGCGUCGCUCCAGGACAGACUGGGCUGCUCUGGUGCGCCGCUGCCCGCUUUUUCCUCGCAGGACUGCAGCACUCUCGUGUCGUUUUGUAGGUCGAUUGGUGUCUGAAUUAACGAGGAAUAGCUUGGGGAAGAUAUUUGACUUUGUGUCGUGUGACAUGAGGUGCACUGUAGUCUUGCGGGCGGGCGUUGCACUGUGGGUUAUCGGGCGCUGUGGAGCCUGUCAGCAAGCAUCGCAUAAUUAAAUAUGAAUGCGUGUAAUUCUACAUGAGGGUGGCUAAAUAGGUUAGGCUACUAUGGAAUAGUAAUAAGUAUUCUGCAAAUGAGGUUGCGGCGGUUUUUUUGUCUUUGGAUGGUGUGUCCCGCUACAGUGUUGUCAUUUCUCUUUCCAUCAAUCUGAUGUGUUUUGUAACACCAGAGAUUUCAUGCGUGCUUUAGCUUCCCUCAGUGAUGAUUACAGGGUUUUGUCACCCGAUGCUCUCUGACUUGGAAUCGGGUGUAGCCCAUUAGAAGAAGAUUUUGAUUGAAGGUCCAUGCAGCCAAUCACAGCGCAGAAUGAAUCCGGGAGGGCGGGCCGUCUGCGGAGCUGGAGAUCCAGUGCAGAAACAAAGACGGGGGAUAAUUGACAGCUACAUCAAUUGGGUGUCACGGCAGCCUCAGAGGUGGUUCAACACCGCUGACAUCACAGUGGCUCACCAAAGCAACCUGCUGAAGCACCUCAACCAGCAGCGCUGCCAGGAGCUUUUCUGUGACUGCAGCGUGCUGGUGGAGGGCCAGCUCUUCAGGGCCCACCGCAACGUCUUGUUUGCCAGCAGCGGCUACUUCCGCAUGCUGCUGUCCCAGGGGCCUGACGGGCUGUCCGACUCGGUCCACGCCACUUUUGAUGUCUUCAGCCCGGAGACCUUCACCGUCAUCCUGGAUUUCAUCUACUCUGGCCAGCUGGACCUCUCCAGUCACAAUGUGAUUGAGGUGAUGUCUGCGGCCAGCUACCUGCAGAUGAACAACGUCAUCAACUACUGCAAGAACUUCAUCAAAUCGUCCUUGGACAUCAGUGUGAAAGAUGAAGACAGUGACCGCUGCCUCAGCUUGUCUGAGACGUGCAGUUUCACCAGUGGGGCAGGAGAAGAGACCUCAGAGCAGCAGCAGCAAGACCCCUGCUCUGUCAGCCCACCACCGGCACUCUGGACACGGGACAACUCGAGAUCCCAAUCUGGUUUUAUGGGGAAGGACUCGGACCAGGAGGCAUCGGCCUUAGCCCUGAAGACUAACCCAAGUAGCCCUGCAGAUGAGCUCAGUGCAGAGGCAGAGGACCUGCAGGACCCUCAGGACCCUCUGUACACCUUGCCUGGAUCAGAGCGCCGGCGAGGUAAAGGGGGAACCAAAAGGAGAGCACCCAACAGCACUCGCUCCAACCAGCAUGAAGACUUGGACAUCCACGAGGCAAGGACAAAAAAGGCUGAAAAGGCAGAGGAGCUGUACGCUACUCUACCCCCUAUUGUGGGUGUUAUUGGACACUUUAAUAAAGACUCCAACCCCAUUAUGCGCUUCAAAUGCCCGUUUUGUACACAUACGGUGAAGAGGAAAGCAGACCUGAAGCGUCACUUGCGCUGUCACACAGGGGAGAGGCCAUACCCCUGUCAGGCCUGCAAUAAACGCUUUACUCGCCUGGAGCAUCUUCGUAGCCAUUUUGAGACGAUCCAUCAAGCCAGGAAGCUGGUAUGCAGGAAGUGCAAAUGUCAGGUGACAGAAGAGACCGGGCAUGUGGUGUGCGAGGGCACACGACGCUACCGCAUGUGCACAGCAUGCAUCCAGGAAGUGGGUUGUGAUGACAUCCCCAUGGACAGUCUAGAGGGGACCAAUGAGGAGCCGGCCCUGUUAUUGGGGGUGGAUGGGGAAGAGGAAGGGGACACUAAGAGGAGCUGGAUGGUAACAGAUGACGACGACCUGGCUGAAGACUCGGGGGCCGACCUCAUCAUCCACCAAGUGGACGACAGUGACGAGGAGCUGCAGUGAAGUGGAACCAAAUAAGUGUGUGUGUGUGUGUGUGUGUGUGUGUGUGUGUGUGUGUGUGUGGAAGCAUGCACGCACGAAUACUGACUGUGUAUGUGUGCUAAAGCCAUGCAAGAGAAUUUAUGCAUAAAAUAUGCGACCCACUAAUGUAAAUACAGACAUUUAUGAUACAUUACUUGUCUAUUAGUUCAAUGCAACUGGUUAAUCUUUACUUUCAAUGAGAUUGUUGACCUUUGUGACAAAAUGGAAUGUUUUUUGUUAAGCUUCAUAAAAAUAUGCAGUAUCCAAAGCAUGCAUAUUUAGUGUUUCCUUUUCUUCAAUUAUAGUUAUAUGAUAUUUUUUUCACAUGCAUGGAAGAACAGCCUUUGCUACUUUUCGUGACUCUGCUUUGAUGAAAGCUGACAUUUGAACAAAACAAAGUGACAAGGACAUACUGCUAUUUCCCUACUCCCUGUAGGAAGAGUCAAGAGCAGACUUUUUUUGUCUCACAGUUGCAGUGCUUUCUAUGAUUAUGUUUGAUUAUGAUAUGCACAAUGAUAUGAAGCCAAUUAUAAUUUAUUCGUUGUUGUUUGUUUUUUUACUUUUUGACACAUUAAAGAUAUUUUUAUAUA